GCGCUGCUCUUGCUCUUCUUGAACUUGGGCAUGCAAGUGGCCUUCUCCGUGAUUAUCAUGACAGAGGACUUCAUGGGCUCUCCGUUCGUGAAACAGAUCCCGUUCGCUCAAAGAUGGCGCACGAGCAUCGCGCACGACAAGCAGUACAUGGACCUCAGCGAGACCUCCUUGGUGAGCCGGGUCUGCCAAGGCGAUGGCUCUCUGAUCCUGUCGACCACACAGGCAACAUUGAUCGAUCAGAUCAAUAGUUUUCUGAGUCUCAGCUUCGACGAGUUUCAACCCACCUUCGGGCAAACGGGCACCUUGCUUUGCAUGCUAUGUAUUUUGCUUUGGGCCUUGUGCGUUUACAAGGAGUAUCGGAGCGUUUGGUUAGCCCUGGAGGCGAUUUGGCAAAUCCCUCGAAGCUGGUCGACCGACUUCCGCCACAACCGCUUUUACAGCAUCAGCAAAGGUCGUCUAAAGCUGGUACUCUUCACCUUGCUUGCGCGUGUCCUCAUCGCCUCGUUGCUUCUGGGCGCCGGGAUCCGCUGGCUGGCGCAGACCACAUCCAUCACUGAACUGAUGCUGAAUGCCGUGGCCUUGAACGCCAUCUUAGACGUGGACGAGUUCCUCUUCGCAGGCUUCACACCCAUCACGAUCCAACUGGCAGUGCAGAAUCUGGAGCCCUUGAGGAUGAAGUACAGCCGGAGGCGGAGCCAAGCAGAGUCGCUGUUCCUCUUCUGUUUGCUCUUAGCCACCUUUUUGGUGCCCUACUUUUCGCUCAUUCAGCCAUUGGUGGAGUCCAUGGUGGCGGUGAAGUAUGAGCUCUGUGGGGGCAACCAGUCCUUCGUGGUGGCGCGGAAUGCGGAGACCCAGCUGGUGCUGGGGCUGGUGACGCAGGAGGUGCAGAGCGCAGAGGUGGCCGGCGAGCUGUCCGUGGUUGAGGCUGCGGUGCAGAGUCACAAGUUUCGCCCUCCCACCGAGGCGCCGGAGUUGAUAUACUUCCGAAGCACCUCCAAGCUCUUCAGUGCCUUCUUGGCGCGUGACAUGUCCCAGGAGGUAGCUGCUUGGGCUUUCUGCAUCGAGACCGAAGCAUGGCAACCCGAAGGGACCUACUACCAGGACCCUCUGGUCACGCUGCUGGUGGAGACGCUGCGCCGCAACGCGGCCGCCUCGCUGGGCCUGGCGCCGCGCGGGCCGUCCGGGCCUUGGACCUGCGCGGAGCUGAAGAGUCACUGCGACCGACCCGAGGCACGUUUGCUGCGCAUGGUCUGCGGGGUCACGUGCGGCUGUAGCGAUCCCUACAGCAGCCCCUGGCACAAGGUGCCUUCGCAAGGCUGUGAUGAAGCCUGCUCGCAGGUGGGCAUUGACUACUUGGCUACAGCUCCAUGCGAGGAUCAAGUUGAUUUGGACGCGUGGCAGUUCUCUUGGGACGCCUAUGCUGAUAUGAUGUCAGCCUUCUACGGCUCCAAUGUCUCCACCAGUGCCGUCUUUCCGCUGAUCCAGAGGAACCUGGCCACUCUAAAGGCCGUCGGCUGCCCAGCCCUGUUGGAACCUUCACUGCGCAACGAGUUCGCGACGCAGCAGAGCUGGUGCCAGGGCUUCGACAAACUCUGGCGACCCUUCGCCUACAUUUGCCCAGUGAGUUGUGGCUGUGCCAGUGCACAUCCCUUGCCACCCUGGUGCCCACAGAGCUGUUGGAACCACAGCAGGUGAGGAGAGAUCCAAGCGACUCAUGGAAGCAACGCCCCAGAAACUGGCCGAAAGCGGCAGCGCCCCUGAAACCAGCGUUUGGGGCAGGCCAGCCAUGUUUUGCCCAUGGUAGAUGUAUUGCUUCGCUUCUCCAAGUGUCAGGAUACGCAUGAAGUUCUUGACCUGGUGUAGGAUACGCAUCAGAAGCCAUGCUGCUUUACAGAUAAUGAUAGAGCUCAUGCGGCUGGUCGAAACACAUAGGCGUGGUCUACACCGUCG